CGUGAGGGCGCUAGUGUCAGUCCCGUGUCUACCGGCGUGCAUGAUAGACGUUGUUUUAGCUUCUCGCGCGCAUAACCGCUAAUCGGGCUCUGCAAAAAACACGACGCGCCCAUGGCUGCGGUCGUUAUCGAAUAGCUGAUAGUGUUAUAUUGGCUGUUUAUGUGAUGAUCACAAAGUUAAUGUUAAGUUUAAAGCACACGGCGUUAGUAAACAACCGGUCCAGAUAGGGAGGCUGCGUUGCCUCGCGCCCGGUUACGGUGGAAUGCAGCAAUUUUAACUACUGCGGACCUCGAGGGAUCCAUUUCGAAAUUGGGAUUGAAAUACAAUUUCAGUGUUAAGGUGAUGCAUCGAGGAUGAGUCGCCGCGCGCGGCCGUGACAUGGGAGCGCAGGCAUGGGCUGGCGCGCCGAGCACCCGCCGCACCUCGCCGCCGGCCUGCUGCUCCUGCUGCUAGUCAACCUGCCGGUAACCUGUCACCAAGAUCACCAAGAUGCCGUGCACAUCACGGCGAUCCUUGGCGAGAGCGUCGUCUUCAACUGCCAGGUGGACUUCCCCGAGGACAUCCCCGUGCCGUACGUGUUGCAGUGGGAGAAGAAGGUAGGCGAAACGGGGCAGGACAUACCGAUCUACAUCUGGUACGAGAGCUAUCCCACUCACAGCGGUGAGGGGUACGAGGGGCGCGUGGCCCGCGUCGCUCCGGACUCCCCCUAUGGCGCCGCCAGUCUCAACCUCACCAAUAUACGCGAAACUGACCAGGGUUGGUACGAGUGCAAGGUGGUGUUCCUUAACCGGUCGCCCAACCAGCACAAGAACGGCACCUGGUUCCACCUCGACGUGCACGCGCCGCCGCGCUUCUCCAUCACACCGGAAGACAUUAUAUACGUUAACUUAGGAGACGCGAUCAUUCUGAACUGUCAGGCGGAGGGUACGCCGACGCCGGAGAUCUUGUGGUACAAGGACGCGAACCCCGUGGAGCCGUCGGGCACGGUGGGCAUCUUCAACGACGGCACCGAGCUCCGCAUCAGCAACAUCCGGCACGAGGACAUCGGCGACUACACGUGCAUCGCGCGCAACGGCGAGGGCCAGGUGUCGCACACCGCGCGCGUCAUCAUCGCCGGCGGCGCCGUCAUCACGAUGCCACCAACGAACCAAACGAAGUUAGAAGGCGAGAAAGUGCAGUUCUCGUGCGAGGCGAAGGCUCUGCCGGGCAACGUGACGGUGAAGUGGUUCCGCGAGGGGGCGCCGGUGGCGGAGGUGGCGGCGCUGGAGACGCGCGUCACCAUCCGCCGCGACGGCGCCCUGCUCAUCAACCCCGUGGCCGCGGAUGACUCCGGACAGUACCUCUGCGAGGUCUCCAACGGCAUCGGCGACCCCCAGAGCGCCUCCGCUUAUCUUAACGUUGAAUACCCAGCGAAAGUGACGUUCACACCAACAGUACAGUACCUCCCUUUCCGACUGGCGGGCGUGGUGCAGUGCUACAUCAAGGCCAACCCGCCGCUACAGUACGUCACCUGGACCAAGGACAAGCGGCUACUGGAGCCCUACCAGACAAAGGACAUCGUCAUCAUGAACAACGGCUCCUUGCUCUUCACCAGGGUCAACCAGAACCACCAGGGCCGGUACACCUGCACUCCGUAUAACGCACAAGGAACGCAAGGAUCAUCAGGUCCGAUGGAAGUGUUGGUCCGGAAGCCGCCCGUUUUUACUGUGGAGCCGGAGCCCUUGUAUCAGAGAAAAGUGGGGGAGAGCGUGGAGAUGCACUGCGAGGCGCAGGAGGCGGAGGGCACGCAGCGGCCCAGCGUCACCUGGCGGCGGCGCGACGGACUGCCGCUGCAGAAGAGUCGCGUGCGCGCCCUCGCCGGCAACAUCACCAUCGACACCCUGCGCCGACAGGACUUCGGCAUCUACCAGUGCGUCGCCUCCAACGAGGUGGCGACGAUAGUGGCGGACACGCAGCUGGUGAUCGAGGGCACGCAGCCGCACGCGCCGUACAACGUGUCGGGGGCGGCCACGGAGUUCCAGGUGACGCUGCGCUGGCAGCCCGGGUACGCGGGCGGACCCGACUACAAGCAGGACUACACUAUCUGGUACCGCGAGGCCGGAUACUCCGACUGGACCAAGGUGCCCGUCACGCCCUCCGGCGCCACUUCGGUAACGAUAAAUCGUCUGCAGCCGGGCACCACUUACGAGUUCCAAGUGAACAGCAAGAAUACUAUAGGAGAAGGCAUGAUGAGUAAAGCUAUCACUAUCAGGACAUUGGAUGUAGGCGCCAGAAUGAAGGCGGCGCCCACAGCGCCGGGCCCCGUAGACGAAAAGAUAUUUCAGAACGCUCCCGAAGGCUCUGGUCCGAAGCCAGGUCCACCGCGCAACCUAACGGUGACAGAGGUACACAACGGGUUCCUGAUCACAUGGCAGGCGCCGCUCGAGCGAGCCUCUCUGGUUCACUACUACACCAUCAAGUACCGCACUGACGCCCAGUGGAAGACCCUCAACAGAGGACAGAUCCGACCUGAGGAGACCAGCUACUUAGUUAAGAAUCUUGUCGGCGGGAGGACGUAUUACUUUCGAGUGCUGGCGAAUUCUGCGACGAGUUACGAGAGUUCCGAAGAGGUUAAGUUCCCAGUUCCGGCGCGGGUGAAGCACAAAGCGAUCACAGCGGGGGUGGUCGGAGGCAUUCUGUUCUUCAUAGUCGCCAUCAUACUGUCCGUGUGCGCGGUCAAGAUAUGCAACAAACGAAAGCGACGUAAACAAGAGAAAGCAUACAACAUGGUAGCCGCGCGCCUCACGGACCUGCGCGCCGCCGACAGCACUCAAGUGCCUUUUAAAAAAUUUAGUGAACGCGGAAUAUCGAGUGUAGUGGAGUGUUUGCGCUUCACCGCCAACUGGAUCUGGCCGGCGUCGCGGUGCGGCGAGGAGGCCCGCUACUGGGGCGUGGUGCGGCGCGUCUCUCCGGCGCCCUCCUCCGCCGCGGCGCCCUCCCCGGCGCCCUCCUCUUCCGACGACGGCGGCUUCCUGCCUCGCCCCGCGCCAGCGCCCGUCGCGCCCUUCCGCGCCUCCUCGCCUGCGCUCGCGCUGCACUGGCCCGCCUGGCCGCCCUGGCCGCUCUGGCCCGCCUGGGCGCCCUGGUCGCCGCUGCACGUCUCGGACCUCAGCUCCGUGCCCUUCCCCAGCUCCGCUGACGGCUCUUUCCCCACGCCCCCCUCCUUCCUGAAAGCUCUGCCGCCGCACGAGCUGGCGUUUCGAGCCGUCGCCCGUCCUCGGCGCCACGGCCGGCCGCGCCCUGACGCGCCCCCGCCGCACGAGGCCUCGCCGGAAAGCCGCUCCUCCUCCAGCGGCUUCGGCAGCAAGAACGCAUCCUCGCAGCACAACCGCAGCAGCCGCACGGGGAGUCUGGCGGAGUGGCGGCCGCCGCCCUACCGCCCGCCGCCGCCCGCGCCCGCGCGCCCUUCCUCCGGCGAAGCGGCCGACGCGGGCUCCGUGGACGUGCACUACGAGUGGGACCGCGCCACGCGCACGCCCACGCCCUCCACGCCGGAGCGCACGCGCACGCGGCCCUCGCGGGACGACGUGGAGGCGAGGGUGCGGGCCAUGAAGGAGGAGUUUCUGGAGUUCCGCAAGCGGCAGGCGCUGCGUCGCCGCUCUCCGGAGCCCCUGGCGCCGCCGCCGCCCCUCUCCCCGCUCUCUCCCUUGGCGACGCUCUCUACUCUGUCUCCCCUCUCCCCCCUGUCGCCGCCUGCCCCCGCAGAAACUGUCUGCUAAUAUAAACGACCGCAGGUCAUUCCCUGGGACGGCUUAGAAUAAUCUUGUAUUUCGAUUAUAGUCCUUCACUCCUAAAAUAAUACGGUCGACUCGGCUCCCCUGCAUGCUUCAGUUAGCGAUCGGCUGUCACCGAUUCAAUUUGAUGAAAUCCUUUCUUUUUACGUUUCCUGGAACCGAGGAACCAACUUUAAUACUCGAUAUGUAUUUUUACUCGAUAAUUACGAAAUCGUAGAAAUUCCUAACUCGUAGCGUUCCAAAGUGUAAAGGAGGUUGACGGAUGAAAUGGAAAGCCCGAUUAAAUUAUUUUUUAAAAUCACAUUGGUGCACAAUUAAUACCUUGCAUAAAAAUUCGCAAAAACCCCGACGAGUUAGUUUGAGGAUUUUAGAUUUUCUACAAAAAUGUUAUGGAUACUAGUGAAAGUAUGUUUUGUUUCACGCUUAGUUAUAAUAGAAACUGUUUAGCAUACAGCAUUGUGCAACACUAGAAUUUUCUAAAUAGGAAGAGAAAAGGUGAUGAAAAUGUUAGUGUCGCACAGACCGCUGCUUGCAAUCGCAAUGGCGUAUCAACGAGCCUAGACGUCCCACACACAGGGCACACCUAGUACAUAUUCAUUAUGAAUGUACAAUGUGACACAUUUUAAUUCAUUUUUAUUAUGUUUAUAUUGCGUAUUCGUACAAAUUAAUUAUGAUUGAUUUGAUGAAUUUUGGUGGUCGUUGCGUUUGUUUAUGAAAUGGUUUUUGUUACGUUAUUGUUUAUUUAGUUUUAUAUAAAUCCCACCUCCGCCGCCAGCCAGAGGCGCUGGCGACGACCUACUCUCAUAAGUACUUAGCCAGAAGGACUUCACGUCGUGAAACUGUUUGACUGUAAUAAUAUUAAUGUAUAAUAUUAUACUUAGAUAUAAAAUGUGGAUGCCGUGGCGUUUUGCGUUCGCACUGCCUGCUUUGUUUAUUCUAUAUGAAUGUCAAUUAAUUAUACAAUGUACUUGCAAAACAUCGCGUAUGUGAUCAUCAAAGUACGUCGAAUUACUCCAACUGUAAUGACAAUUGUCCACUAGGAAACUAACUAGACAGUAUGAGAGAGCAGAGUAUAAUGCGUUGUGAGUGUAACGUUAUAUGGCGGGCAGGCAGUGCGGGAACACGUUCUCCUAAACGCUUUAGGUAUGAGCGGGAUAGCAUCCACGACACCGCUCAUACCAACAUUAUAUUGUAGUUAAUAUAACUAUUUACGAAUAAAGUUUAGCGAGCGCGUGGCCGCGGCCCGCGUUUGCUCGGCGCCUCCUCUUGCCACAAACAUUGCAAACGCGCUACGUCCCGAUACCGGCCACGGCCGCGGCCGCGCGCCUUAUUGUAAUAAUAUAAAAGACAAAAUAAUCUUAGGUAGACUUAGGCAUAAUAUAGAUCGGGCAGAUGAUAAAAGGAUAUUUGUUUGAUGUUACGAGACAGAUUUUCUUUUCCAAGUACAAAUUAUUAAUUUUAUUUUAUUGUGUACCUUUGUAUAUUUUAUUGGAACUGUACAUAUGUAAAGUAACACAUUAGAUAUGGUCUAUUUAUUUAAAUACUUAACGACCGAGGUUCUGAAGUUGUUUUUGUCAUUUAUGAAUGGUUAUGGUUAAAUAAUUUAUAUUUUGUUCGUUUUUCGCUUCCUUGUUUCCGUUGCGAGAGACUACCUCCGACCAUGUGACGGCCUCAGUCGAUCGAGUUUAUGUUUUACGAACGUAUUGCCGUUUAUAAAUUUAUGGUAAUGUUAUAUUGAGUACGUUUUACCUCUCGGUUCCUUUAUGAAUCCCACCUGAACACGCGUUAUAACUUAUAAGUAGGUGACCAGUCAACGUGAAGACUGUUUAGUUAUUAUUUUGUUGAUAGAUUUAAACUCGGUACAGAUUACAGUGUUUUUUAUGAAUUUUUUACACGCAAGAUGCACGUAACACGUUUCAUAUCAUUUCAAUUUUUGUAUGUCGAUUUAUUUUUUGAGACUACGUCAUUGGAAUACUAAGGACCUCGAUAUAAGUAUAAAAUGUACGCUUUAAAUAAAUUGGAAUAAAUAACUCGAUAUUAAUAUAUAGAUAGGUAGGUAUGUUAAGGUGCAGUUAGUGCCUGCGCGAGGCGUCGCGAGGCAAUGGCGCUAGUGUCGCGAGCGGUUGCCGAAUGGCGACUCGCAAGUCAGAAAGCAUCAUUUAGUUCACUGCCGAAGAAAAACAAGUAGAGUUAAGUCGCGGAGCGUUACUUUAAACACAUACAAAUAGGUUUCGGUCUCCACCUACAUCUAGGCGCGUCCGCGUUAGCGUAAAUUCUUAGAUCGUUAGUGACCGCAAUUUGUGCAAUAAGUUAUCCACUGUUUUGUGUAAUUAUUGGAAUAUCGUGUGCUCAAUUUUUUCGACUGACCAAUUGUAAAUUUCGAGUCAUGAACGUAUAUAAUAUAAGAUUUUUUGUCGAUUUAUUACUUCUUGAACUUAUUUUCUUCUGUUAACGUUUUUUUUUUUUUUAUUUCUUUAAGAUCGAUUAUUUCAAAAUAGUUUCUACAAUUAUUUGAAAUAUGCGUCUCACGAAACGUUAACAUUGCGCAUAUCACAAAACAAUAUUAAAUGAAUAUAGAUGUGUAAUUCUACGAGUGAUAUAAUUUAUACGAAUAAUCGUAAAGGACUCCGUUGGUGCAAACAAAUUGAACUUGUCCUAAUAUUGUAUUCAUCAGCAAUUCAAUGCAAUAUACAUCGACAUCUAAAAUAAUUAUUGUACAUUUAAAAUUAUUUUAUUUCUUUUUAUUAAAUUGCAAAUGAAUACAAUAGAAGGAAAUUCGAAUACAGAAGAUAGAUAUAAACGGUCUUCUGUGAUAAAAAGGAGCAAGAAUUUUGAUAAUUUUUAUUUGAUUAAAUACAUUCCAAUAUUUUAUUGAUAUCAACGCAACAGUAAGUCAACGAUGUAUUUAAUAUGAUCCUUUGUUACUGAAAACAUUUCUUACAUUUUGACUGAAGAACCGCUGCUUUUUGAUAAUAACAUUUUACCUGCAAGUCUUCCUAUGUAAGAAAAAUGAUACUUUUUGGUAAAAUAUGGAUCUAUUGAAGACAUUCUUUAAAUUGCAAUGAAAUAAAAACUUUUGCACACAUUUUAAAUUCAUGGUGCAAAUUAUCAAUUCACUGGGUUUUAUAAUUUCGUUAACUUAGUCGAACGUCUCUCAAGAAAUCUCUGAAAAGAUUCACUGGGUUUUAUAAUUUCGUUAACUUAGUCGAACAUCUUUCAAAAGGCAAAGUUCGACUAUAUCUUGUAACUUCAAGGUAUAGUCAAACUUUGAAGUCUAAAGUCUAGUACUUGUAACGACACAUAGAAAAGUUUGUAGAAAAAGUUCUAAUUGGACCGAAAAGAAUUUUAUAAAAAAUAAGAAUGGUAUUCAUUAGUAAUAAGUAUGUUCAAUUCAAUUAACCGAUAAAAUUGCCAGAUUUACCUGUGUGCAAAAGUUUCUACCACAAAAUGUCGAGUCUUUAAACAAUAGCCAGGGUCAUAUUACGCGUACCUAAAAAAUAAAUAUUAUGAAAAACGUGUUUAUGUUCAUUUCUCUGU